AUGCAGAUUGACUCCUCGAGCAUGUCAUGUGUCAACUGCACUGUGCCCCCACUCCUGCUGGAAAGCAGCACAUCCUUAGUGGAUCGUAAGGAAGAAUGUGCUGUGUCACAUAGUGUAGAGGAAGAGAAGCAGUUUGUGUGCCAGUACGCCAUACAAGAGCACAGAAGGAUAAUUGAAGCCAUCUGCAUAGGCUGGUUCACGGCAGAGUGCAUCGUGAGGUUCAUCGUCUCCAAAGAUAAGUGUGAGUUUGUCAAGAGACCCCUGAACAUCAUCGACUUACUGGCGAUCACGCCCUAUUACAUCUCGGUGUUGAUGACGGUCUUCACGGGCGAGAACUCUCAGCUGCAGCGGGCUGGCGUCACCCUGAGGGUUCUCCAGAUGAUGAAGGUCUUCUGGGUGAUUAAGCUCGCCCAGCACUACAUUGGUCUUCAGACUCUGAGUUUGACUCUCAAGCGAUGUUACCCGGAGAUGGUGAUGUUGCUUGUCUUUAUCUGUGUUGCCAUGGCAAUCUUCAGUGCACUUUCCCAGCUUCUUGAGCAUGGGUUGGACCUGGAAACAUCCAACCAGGACUUCGCCAGCAUCCCCGCUAUCUGCUGGUGGGUGAUCAUCUCUAUGACUACGGUUGGCUAUGGAGAUAUGUAUCCCAUCACGGUGCCUGGAAGAAUCCUUGGAGGAGUGUGUGUUGUCAGUGGCAUUGUGCUCUUGGCAUUGCCUAUCACUUUCAUCUACCAUAGUUUUGUGCAGUGUUACCACGAGCUCAAGUUUAGAUCGGCUAGAUAUAGCAGGAGCCUUUCGGCUGAGUUCCUGAAUUAA